GCCAAAGCACCGAACUGGGUCAGCGACGUCAGGCUGUGUGUGCCGCCGCCGCCGAGCGCUCGCCUCCUGCGCUGCGCGACCGUGCACCGAUCGCCGUGCUCUCUCCAAGUCGACGACGACCAGAUCGGCGCACGCUACUGACGCUGUAACCGUGCAGCGAGCAGGUCGCGAGUGCGCCAACUUGCCUCGGUGAAGAGAAAAGGCCACGACGAGAAGCGAAAAGUCCCGCGAACCGUUCUUGACCUUUUUCUUUGUUUUUGUGCGCCAGACGACGACGACGACGAGAGAGGCGUCGACUGUCGUCUCGACGAUGGGUGCGCAGCGCAGUGCCCGCUGGAUAAUAUGAGUGGCCCGAGCGGAUUGCACGACUCGCACGAAGCCGUCGGCAGCACGGAGAGCGGCCCGAGGCCGCCACAGGGAGCAGCAGGACCGCCGAUAGCGCGGUGGCCCACGGGGGAGUCCGGUCCACGAUGACCCACGCUACCCUGGCGGCGAUGCUGCUGCUUCUGGCUGCUACCUGGCAAUGCGACGGGGCCCAACGGGUGCACGAGCGGCUGUCGGACUCCGAGAUCCGCCGCGUGUUCCGAGUGGCGUCGCGGGAAGAGGUUCCCCAGUACGAGCUCGUGCAACUGCGCGCUCGGAGGCACCAGCGCUCGGAGCGCGAGGUGGGCGGAGACCGCAAGGCGGUGUCCCUGCGCGCCUUCGGACGCCACUUCGACCUGAGGCUCAAGCGGAACCGGGACUUCGAGCAGCGCGCCGCCAGGCUGCAGGUGCUGGCCGCAGAGAGCACGCCCAACGGACUCGCCUACACGCCGCUCAGGUCAAAGGAUGAGGAAGUGCCCGACGAUCUCUGGUCCAGAGCAGGCGCUUACCAGGACCACACCAACAUGGCCGCCCUCAUGCUCAGCCAAGACAAGCUGGGACGCCUUCGAAUGGAAGGGACGCUCGGAGAAGACCUUGCCAUCUCUCCUCUUCCGACGCGACUGAACACGAGCGCCGACGAAACCUACUACGACGCCAGGGGUAACGCCGAUGAUGAGGGAUUCCUGGAUGAGGACGACGCCUCACCCAGGCACGUGGUCUUCAAACGACCCGGUAGCAGCGAGUCGUCCUCAACCUUUGGCACAGAAGGGAACGCCAAGGGCGACCCACUAAGUGACUAUGCGCACCUGGAUGACGCCUUCUUUAGGCACAGGAUCGUGAGGAACAGGACGACAACGACGGCACCACCCCCGCUCCAGAAGCUCGGUCACAAGUCUCGCCGACGGCGGGCAUCAGACCCGGACACCGUGUGGCCGGAGAUUCUAUUGAUCGUCGACUAUGACACGUACCUCCUGCACGGCCGCAGCCACACGGACAUCAAGCGCUACCUGGUCAGCUUCUGGAAUGGCGUAGACCUGCGGUAUCGGUUGCUCUCCAGUCCUCGGGUCAAAAUCAGCCUGGCGGGAAUGAUCGUGGCCAAGGAUCGCGACGCGACACCCUACCUGGAGCGAAAUCGGCUUAGGGCGCCCAACGAGGACGCUAUCGACGUGGCCGGAGCAUUGACCGACAUGGGGAAGUACCUGUACCGCGAAGACCGACUGCCCACGUACGAUCUGGCGGUGGUCGUUACCAAGUUGGACAUGUGCCGUCGUCAUCUGGAAGGCGGCCGCUGCAACCGUGGCACAGCAGGGUUCGCCUACGUCGGCGGUGCCUGCGUGGUAAACAAGCGACUGGAGAAGGUCAACAGCGUGGCCAUCAUCGAAGACAGCGGUGGUUUCUCGGGCAUCAUCGUGGCUGCUCACGAGGUGGGACACCUGCUGGGGUGCGUCCACGACGGAUCGCCGGCGCCUGGAUACCUCGGAGGUCCCGGUGCCCAGCGGUGUCCUUGGGAGGACGGCUUCAUCAUGAGCGACCUGCGGCACACAGAGCGAGGCUUCCGCUGGUCAUCGUGCAGCGUGCAGCAGUUCCGUCACUUCCUGCUGGGCGAGACGGCCAGCUGCCUCUACAACUACCCGCACGAGAACCAGCUGCUGGCACGCAUGCUGCCUGGUUCCAUGCUCAGCCUCGACGACCAGUGCCGAAGAGACCGAGGAACCACCGCUUGUUUCAAGGACUCCCGUGUGUGUGCCCAGCUGUUUUGCUACGAUAGCUCGUCGGGCUACUGCGUCUCCUAUCGACCAGCCGCCGAAGGAUCGCCCUGCGGAGACGGUCAAACGUGCAAGAACGGCCGCUGCAUUGCCGAGAUCGAGAACAUCAUCCCGGACUACACCCACGUGACGCCGUCGUUCGCCAGCGGCCGCUCGGUGGGAGGACGGGGAGGCGACGUGGCGCGACGACGGGCCGACUUCUCGGCCGAGGUGGUGGACGGACCGCGGCCGCACCUGAUGCCGGCGCCCCCGCCGCCUCCGCCGUCGCACCACCCGACCGUGAGCCGAGCCCGGCACCCGCAGCACCUGAGGCCCGCCCACCACCCGCGCACCACGAGAAAACCGCGCGCACUGGUGGCCAACGACAAAGGCUGCGUCGGAGACAGCACGGAGCUGAUCGCCGGCCGCAUGACGUGUUCCCAGUUCCUGGAGCAAUUCGGCAACCGCUACUGCAACCACGGCUACAUCCAGAGGCACUGCUGCUACUCGCAGAGCCUCUACUGCUCCUAAACAAGACAGCCUGUGAUGUGACGCACCACCACCCAGGGCGAACAAACCUCAACCACCAAAAA